AUGUCUUUGUGUUGCGCUCUAAGCAAUGAAGUGCCGGAAGUGGCGGUUGUGUCCACUCAGUCGGGGGCUGUGUUUGAGAAGCGACUGAUCCUCAAGUAUAUCGAAGAACACAAAACGGAUCCAAUCGGUGGCCAGGAGUUGACCGAAGACAUGCUGAUUGAGAUCAAAACGCCGGCUAUUGUUAAGCCGCGUCCGCCGUCGGCGACGAGUAUUCCGGCCAUUUUGAAGACACUUCAGGACGAAUGGGACGCCGUUAUGCUCCACAGCUUUACUCUAAGACAACAGCUCCAGACGGCCCGACAGGAGCUGUCGCACGCCCUCUACCAACACGACGCCGCCUGUCGUGUGAUCGCACGGCUCACCAAAGAGGUGACCGCCGCUCGCGAGGCGUUGGCCACUCUUAAGCCCAAAGCCGGCGUUUCUAAUGCCAACCAAAUGGCUCAUCAGUACAACACGGGUGGCGACCAAUCGGCCGAUCACAUGGAGGAGACCGGUAUUACUGCCGAAGUAUUGGAAAAACUCGAGAAUAAGGCAUCGGUUCUAACGGCUGAACGCAAACGGCGCGGAAAGAUAGUCCCCGAAGAGCUGAUUAAAUCGGAAGAAUUGCGAAACUUUAAGACAUUGGCUUCUCAUUCAGGUCUUCAUAGCGUUAGUAUUCCUGGAAUACUAUCGGUGGACAUCUGUCCGACUGAUACCAAUCGGAUACUGACCGGCGGUAACGAUAAGAACGCUAUCGUCUUCAACAAAGACAACGAACAAGUGAUUACUUCACUUAAGGGUCACACAAAGAAAGUAACAUCAGUUAUAUAUCAUCCAAACCAAGACACUGUCAUCACUGCUUCGCCGGACAGUCAGAUCCGUGUCUGGCAUUUACCGACCGCUCAGACACUGCAAGUGGUUCGCGCACACGACGGGCCCAUCACUGCGAUCAGUCUUCACGCGACCGGCGAUUACGUGUUGAGUACGUCGACUGACGAGCACUGGGCCUUCUCUGACCUGAACACCGGUCGGGUGUUGACUAAAGUGGGCGACACAUCGACACCACACGCACUGACCACCGCUCAGUUCCAUCCGGACGGACUCAUCUUCGGCACCGGCACUUCCGACUCCCUCAUCAAGAUAUGGGACCUGAAAGAGCGGAGCAAUGUGGCCAACUUUCCCGGCCAUUCCGGCUCCAUCUCCGCCAUGUCUUUCUCUGAGAACGGCUAUUAUUUGGCCACUUCUGCCGACGACUCGGUUAUAAAACUCUGGGAUUUACGCAAAUUGAAGAACUUUAAGACCAUAUUCUUGGAGGAGAACUAUCAGGUGAAGGACCUCUGCUUCGACCAAAGCGGCACUUAUUUGGCGGUCGCCGGAACUGAUGUCAGGGUUUAUAUCAGCAAACAGUGGGAAAACUUGAAGACCUUCGCAGAUCAUACGGCGGCCGCCACUGGCGUUCGCUUUGGACACGACUCACGGUAUUUGGUUUCCGUUAGUUUGGAUCGUUCUCUCAAGAUAUACGGCCUCUAA